AUGAACAGCUACUCGGCUUUUCUGGACAGAUUCUGCUACUGGGGUCUUCACAAUCCUCAUUCUCUGGUUGCAGCGCCGCCCAUUACAUCCACGCUCGCCGCCGAGCUGGGGAUUUCGUUUAAAUCGUCCCUGUCGCCCCGGGCCGCAGACAUCCACCCCCAAUCCCCCAGACACGAGCAUCGUCAGCACAGUCACCAAGGCCCCGACCCCAGCCCCAGCUCCUCGAGAGCCCCUGCCGAGAAGAACGCCUUCGAACCCUCAGAGCUGCGAAGACAAAAACUCUUAGACAUGUUGCGCAUGGGUUCCCCCUACACUCGGGAACAAUCCCGUAUCUCACUCGACGGCUGCAAUAAGCACACUGGUAUAAGCAGUAAAAGUUUCAUACAACAGAGAUGCUUAUUAGACGAUACCCAGACCUCGAAACCUCUCAUACAUAAGUCGAUCCACAUGCAUACCAUCGACAGCAUUACCGAGUCCCUCAAGAAACGUCUCCGUUACAUAGCGCACCGGAAUUUCCCCUUACCCUACAACCCCGACGACGAGCUGUUGUCGGGCCACCACCCCAACUUCCACCAAGGCGGCCUCGACAUCCCCAGGUCCCCCGACGACCAGCUCAUCCAUUAUUUUUGCGCCAGUCCUACCUUUGUCUUGGAAGUUGGGUAUGGCCGGGAGGGUUGCCACCACCCAAAGCUAGGCAGGGACUACUUCCAGUUCAGCAAGGGAAAUAUCAAGACUGUACUUGCAGUCAAUGUCAGCUACCCGCACCAGACCACCGCCACAGUCUCGCUCUAUCGCGCGGCUGGCACAUCAUGA